GCUUAGUAACGGCACUGUUUGUUUUCUACCGGUUGUCGCAAACAAUGUUAGGUUAAUUAAAAAGAAAACACCACGUGGGCCGAACCAGCGAGGCCAGUCAAUCAACGGUCGGCCUGGAGGAUUUGCAACAACGGGCACACAUCACGUCCGAGAGGCGGGCCAUGUUUUCUUGGCCUGCCACGGUAUGCAAACAUUUAUCCUGGCUUCAAAGAAUGGGCCCAUUGUUCUUGCUUUGUGUGCCAAACCUGAUCGGAGAGGGGCACCCUGCCAACGGCAGGAGGAAAAGAUUUUGUAGCCUGAACAGAGACGCCGCGAGGGUCCCUCGACGUCGUUCAAAUUCUACACAGCUUUCUCGGGCCAAACCCAGCUUCCGAUCGGAUGCCGGUUCAGUUUUGAAGACGAGAUGCUUUUCCGAAAACAAAACAUGGAACUUCGAUCUGCGGAAAGGCGGUGGCGGUGGUGGUGGUUUGCCGUGGUGUGACUCCCCGACCGAGACUGGGGAUCGUUGCAGCUGAAACACACAACAAGCGGUGACGUCAAAAGGCUCCGGAUGAUAAACAGCAACAUGGAAAGUUUGCAUUGUGCCAGUUGGUGUGUUGGAGGGCCACGAAGGCAGAUUGGGAAGGGGUGAAGGAAGAGAGGAGGAGAAAGGAUGCCCAGGGCCCCGAUGGGAUAUAAUCCCCUGUCAACAACUCAGAGGUGUUUUUAAGUCACACCUGGGCAAGCAGCCACAUUCACAACUUGUGCGGACGCGCAAAUCACCGCUUAGAUCUUUCUCCAAAGCGGAAGAAGUUUUGGCAAGCUAUUUCGGACAUUUUUCUCUUCCUUCUGCGAAACAUAGGACGUUUUGUCUCCGUUGCAAAAUUCCAAGAACUGUGAAAGGAAGGAGAGGCAGGGGGGGAAUUUUUUUUUUUUAGCAAGUUCUCCGGGUUUUAAUUUAUUUUGUUCCUCCCGUUGCCAAAAAAAACCUACAUCAGCAGAGAGGGCAGGUGCUCACCUUCGGAGAAUUCAUCCGGACUUGCGGCUUCAUGGGGUUUUUUUUUUCAAUUCACCUGCAGAAGGUGUUCUGAUUUUUGUUGUUGUUUCUUUUUUGAGUUGGAAUGUUGUUUCCAAAACGAGUCACUAGUCCUCGUGAGGUCUGAAAACAUCCAAGAUGGUUGAAGCUGGUUGAAGGACGCUGAGUUGAUUCUAAUUCCUGUUUGCAGGCGGAGCGACUGGUUCUAACUGGUUCUAACUGAUUUUCCUUCGAUUUCCUCCCAGAUCGACAUGAGAGAAUUCGUCCUCAUGGCUCCUCUCGCUUCCGUCUUGGGGCGACCUGGUGAUUUUUGCUCCCCCGGCCUGAUCUGAGAUGUUUUCCAAGCGAAAGACCCACAACGUCCAACCAGCUUGUCCCAACGUGCUGACCCCCGACACAAUCCCCUCCUUUUUCAUCCCACCCAACCUCGCCACUCUCCAAGGCCGGCGUGCAGCUGGGACCCCCAGGCCGACCGAUACGCCAGCCCCACCAGUCAAAAAUGAGGGCAUUAAGGUGCAGGAGGGACACCAGGCCGGUGCACGACUCCCAGGUGCCCCCACCACGAUCCAUCUGCCGACCCCGAUGGACUUGGGGUGCCUGCCCGAAAGCCCCAACACCUGGCGGCGCGAAUCGCUCUUCCACAGCAGACCCCUACCCCGCCGAGGGCAAGCUGGCUGCUUCUCCUCUCCACGGACAAGGCCCCUUUCGCAGCCCGCUCCAGGCCUGGACAGUGAUACCGCCUCUUCCGCAGAAAACUCCCCGUAUAAUUCCCCCGUGCCCACACGUCCUCUCGGUGGGCUCCUGCCGUGCCAUGGCUCUGGGCACCGGCGGCGUUUGGCAUGCCGGUCCCCCCACACCCUGCGUCCCAACUCCUUCUCCACGGAGGACACCAGCUCAACCGACACCAGUCCCUGCUGCCUGCGCCGCGAGGCCGAUCCUCCCUGGAUCUCACCGGGCGCUUGGUCCCUGGCGUCGCUGUUCCCCUUGGACUUGAUCCGUUGCCACCAGCGGCUGACCAAAGAGGUGACUUUGACGGUCAGCCAAGGCGGGCAGCUGCGUCUCUCCAGCGAGUACCUCCAGCCGCCAGGCAGCCUCCGGGUGCGCUUGGUGAGCGCUGAAGGCUUCUACCCACCGCAGGGCAGCCCUCGCCACAUCCACUGCUGUGUCGCCCUGCAGCUGCGGCCCGGCCCAGGUCAAAGACAGCGCAGUGCCAUCAUCAAGAGGACCCGUAACCCCAUCUUCAACGAGGACUUCUUCUUCGAGGGGGUGACCCCCGAGGAGCUCCCCCGGCGCAGUCUGAGGAUGAAAGUCCUGAACAAAUCUUGCAGUCUACGGCGUGACGUUGUGUUGGGCCAGUGCGACGUCCCACUGGAUUCCCUUCUGCCCUGAACGGGGGUCCUUGGCAGAGUAGAGCUGGGGGUGGUAUAGAUAUCCUCGCGGACGGCAGGAGGGGCAACGGUUGCCCUUCAACCGUCUCCAUAAAUGAAGGUCCUUUGUCUACUCCAACCAGUCUUGUUGGCUGACGGAGAGCUAAGAAUGGACUUCCAACCACUUCUGGAGGGUCUACAUUUCAAUAUAGGUGGUCCUUGACAUACGUCCAUUCGCUUAGCAACCGUUCAGAGUUAUGAUGGUGCUUCAAAAAAAGAGGCUUAUGGCCAAUCCUCGCACUUAUGACCAUCACAGCAUCCCCAUGUUUAAAAUGAGGGCACUUGGUAAUUAGGACAGUAGCAGUAUCUUGGGGGAAGGUCACAUGAUCGCCAUUUAAAGCCUGCCCAGGGCACGCGAAGUCAAUGGGGGAAGCUGGAUUCAGUACACGGUGCCUGAUUUGCUUAAGGACGUGAUUCAUUUAAUGGCCAGGAAAGUCCUAAAACCAGGCACAACAAUCUCAUCCAUUACAUCCCCGUCGCGAUGAUGGGUGUCAUUAAAUUGAGGAGUCCCUGUGUGCUUGAUCCAGGCAACGGCCACCAGAGGGAGCUCUGCCGCCCUGGGUAUCACUGCCACCUUGAGGCAGACGGAGGUAUAGCAAGAAUCGGUCGACGAUAGAAAAGGAACGAAAUUCCAUCCAGUUUUAAUUCAAGCCGUUUCUGCCUGGAAUUGUCUGCAGUGCAUCCCGUCUUUCUUAAUGGUGGGGCAGCCCCCCAAUAUUUGAGGACAAGCCCAGAAUUGCAGUGUUGCAGCCAAAGGAUUACAGCCUUGCAAGGGGUUGAGCUGGCAUUAAACCAGGGGUUGGACUAGAUGGCCUCAGCAUAUCCCCGGCCUGUAAACUCCCUAAUUUUUGCUCUUCUGGCUAGAAAGCUGAGUGAGCCGAUUCCUUUUCAGAAAAUCUGCCUUUGGUUGAAAUCCCUUUGUCUAAUUUCACACAAAGUUGUUUUAGGUGUACGUUGUGUUUUAGGAACAAAAUUGCCGCUAUGGCAAUUAAAAAUAUAAAAGUAUAAAGUG